AUGACGAUUGGCUUUUCGUUGCCGCCGGCGGUGCGCGACAGCUACCUGUGCUACGACGGCCAGGAGCUCGAGUCAAAAGAGAGCUGCAGCGACGGCAUCUUCUUUGGCCUGCCGCUGCUCUCCAUCGAGCAGAUCACGCAGGAGUGGCGCUUCUGGCGCAACGUCGACGAAGACCCGUCCUCGGGCGCCAACGACGAGGUGCGCGGCUGGAUGACGUCGUGCCCGGCCGGCUGGGUGCGCUCCGAGUACAGCUGCCGCGGCUGGCUGCCGCUCAUCACCGACCACGUGGGCAACUACAUCGGCGUCGACCUCAGCCCCGCGCCAUCAGGCGGCGGCGCGCCCGGACAGGUCAUUCUCUUCGGCCGCGACUUCGACACCAAGGUGGUGCUCUGGCGCGGCGAAGGCGAAGGCGGCUGGGGCCGCUUCCUGCAGUUUGUGGCCGAGGAGCUCGAGGCCGGUGAGAUGUGGAGCCUGGAGGAGGUCAACAGCGGCUCAGAAGACGAGGAGGACACCGUUGGCUACGAGUCGUACUUCUCCGGCGGCGGCUCGGGCGCAGGCCUUGGCGGCGGUGACCGUGGCGGCAGCGGCGCGGCCGGCUUCCGCCUCACGGGCGACUACAAGGGCUGGCCCGUGCUC